AUGAAUGAAAAAGAUGCAGCACUGGAAAGUGGAAAGUCCAAAGUUAAUUCAUCAGGGAUACAAAAAAGUAAUAACAAAGAGCAGCUGGAAAAAAGAAGUACUCCUCACAAAGGUACAGAUAAGACGGAGGAAAGAGGCACAACACACAAUAAACACACGUCAGGGGUAGAUCGAUGCAAAAUAACAAAACAGGUGAAGAUUCAAUCAAAAGAGGUACAUGAGAUGCACAAUGAGGAAAUGAUGGUAGAAAAUAGGGAGGAAGAGAGUAGUCACAUGAUACGAGAAGACAGUGUUACCACACCAAUCAGGUUGUUUGAAACAAAUUCAGGAGAGCUAAGGGAUAAUUUUGAUGUAGAAGUUGACAUACUAAAAGGUCCAGACUUAAUAGAGGAAGAGGAUGAAGUAAUGCAACAGAAAAAAGACACUGAAGAAGAUGGGGAUAUGGAAUAUAACAUUCAACAGAUUAGCAAGGCGGGAGAUUUAUCUCCAAGGCACACCAACAGUUUGAAAAAUGGUGCGCGAAAAGGGAGAUCAUUUAUUCCAUUACAAAAUCCAGCAGAGCUAGAACAGUAUAAAAGGAAACUAGGUUUUGAUAAGGCGGGAGUAAAUUGUAAUGGUAAAAUAUGGUUCUUUUGGAAUGAUGAUUGGGUGGGCAGUAUUAUGCUGGACAGAAUACAACAAGUUACAAUUCAAUUCAAACAUAAUAAUAAGGAGUUUGUUAUAUCGGUGGUCUAUGCUAGAUGCAAUGCUUUAGAGAGGUUGGAGUUGUGGGAGAAGCUAAAUAGCAUAGCAGAAAGAGUGCAGUGUCCUUCGGUCAUUGGAGGAGACUUUAAUGUUAUUUUAAAUGAGGAGGAAAAGCUAGGGGGAUUAGCGUUUUCUCCCAACGAAGCCAUCGAUUUUGUAGCUUUUAUUAGUAGUGGUGCCCUUUAUGAAGUGAGUUAUACAUGCAGUAAAUUUACAUGGUGGAAUGGACGAAUUGAGGAGGUGUGCAUUUUUAAAAGAUUGGAUAGAAUAUUGGUGAACCAAGAAUUUAUGGAUGAGUUUCCUUCAUCUGAGGUACAUCAUCUUGUCAGGCAAGGUUCUGAUUAUGCACCGCUUCAUGUGAUAUGCAAUUCAGAAGAGGAACCUAUGAUAAAGCCUUUUCGAUUUCUGAACUUGUGGAGUAAGCAUAAAAUGUUUAAGAAGAUUGUUGCAGAUAAUUGGAAAAUUGAUUUUGUUGGAAAUCCGUUUAAUGAAUUUCAUGCAAAAUUGAAGAAGGUCAAAAAAGCUUUGUCAGUAUGGAGCAGAGAGGUAUUUGGUGAUAUUUUUCAACAAAUAGCCAUGAUAGAGGACAUCAUUAAGGCAAAGGAGGCGCAGAUGGAGAUGCAUCCAUCAACAAGCAACAUGCCUAAACUAAGUAAGGUGGAAGCGGAAUUAAAGAAAUUUUUGGGAUUGGAGGAGGAUUUUUGGAGGCAGAAAGCGAGAAUGAAGUGGUUCACUGAUGGGGAUAGGAAUACUAAAUUUUUCCAUUCGUAUGUUAAGGGGAGAAGAAAGAAAUUGCACAUUGCUGAGAUGAUCACAGAGCAAGGUAUGGCGCUAAAAACUAAUGAGGAAAUUGGGGAGGCAGCAGUACAACAUUAUAAGGACCAAUUUACUGAAGAGAGUAUGGCAAAUGAUUACUCAAUGUUGGAAGAUAUUCCCAAGUGUGUAACUACCGCAGAAAAUGAAGAAAUGACAAAGCUACCAGAUCAAGAAGAAGUUAAAAAAGUGGUGUUCGAUCUAAAUGGAUGCAAUGCAGGUGGACCAGAUGGUUUUACAGGUCAUUUCUUUCAAAGUUGUUGGGAGAUAAUUGGAGAAGAUAUUACCAAGGUGGUGAGGGCGUUCUUUUGUGGGCACGAACUGCCCAAGUUCGAUGGUGCACGAGAGGAUGUUAUUGGUGCUUUCUAA